AUGAAUCGUCAGCAUAAAUUACAAUUACUAAGUUUUUUAUUAGUACCAAGUUUCAUUUUUACAUUUGUCUGUCCUGUCCUUGUCAUUUUAAUUUGUUAUCUUCAAACUGAUAAGAAAAAAUAUAAAUCUGUAAGGGGAGAUGGAAAUGGAAUUUUAUUAAAACGAAGAAGAAGUCAACAACAAAAAUUAUCUUCAAAACAAGUUGAAAGUAAUAUGGCUUCAUCAUUUGUUGCUAGACUUUUUGGUGAUCAAAUUCCUAAUCAACAUAAUCCAAAAAAUGAACCUAAAAAACAACGUCAAAAUGAUUCAAAAAAAAUUGUUGAUUCUCAAUUACUAACUGCUUAG